GCCAUCAAGGAAGAAGGGAGGAGGUUAACUAAACUAACUUACUGUUAGCCUUAGCCAUUAUUAUCGGAAAUUGUUUAGUUGUAGUGUCUAUUCAAAAUUCAUACAAUGAGUUCCAAAGCUGAAAAAGAAAAGCUAAAACAAAUUCAAGAUAAAUGCCAGACGCUUCUAAACCAAAUGUUAAGGGAUGAAGACAACAAGUAUUGUGUAGACUGUGAUGCUAAGGGUCCAAGAUGGGCGUCCUGGAACUUGGGGAUCUUCUUAUGUAUUCGCUGCGCCGGAAUCCACCGUAACCUUGGGGUCCACAUCUCCAAGGUCAAGUCUGUCAACCUCGACUCAUGGACACCAGAACAAGUUGUCAGUCUGCAGCAGAUGGGAAACUCGCGAGCACGAGCAGUGUACGAGGCUAACCUCCCGGACAACUUCCGCCGGCCCCAGACUGACUCUGCUCUCGAGGCAUUUGUCCGAGCCAAGUACGAGGCCAAGAAGUACAUUGCUCGUGAGUGGGUGCCCCCUCCUCUGCCUAAGGUUAACUGGGACAAAGAAUUGGAAGAAGAAGCAGAAAGGUCGAAGAAGAAGAAGCGUGAAUCCAAGCUUUCUUCGGCUCCGGUCAAUGUUCCUGGUCGCAAGCUUGACAACGUUAUACCGCAGCCGCUGCCCAAGCCAUCGACUAGCCCCAAACCUCAACGGCCUGUUCAGUCCAGCGCCCCUGCGGCUGCGCAUACCCCUGCUUCAGCAGACCUGCUUGCUCUGGACACACCUGUCCAAGAGAGCAGCCCAGCUGUUGGUAGUGGGGGAGGUGGAGGGGGAGGGACGGACGACUUUUCGUCAUUCCUCUCAGCACCCCCGACGCAGACACAAACCUCCACCAGCCAAUCACAACGCAGCGCUGAAGAAGACAGUUUCUUCAACCAGCCACAAAGUGGUACCCCUGCUGCGCCGGCCCCUGGCACUAAACUCACCACCGACAGUAUUCUGGCGCUGUACGGCAAGAGUCAGCCUGCGCCGGCUCCAACCCACAACCCGUUCCCUCUACAGGGAGGGUUCAUGCCAGUAGCGCCGCCCGGUGCAGCGCCGGGAGUCACGGGUCCAAUGCCCAUGUUCCAGCCUUCACCAUUCUGUGUCGGCGUCCCUAACGGAAUGAUUCCUCCUGCCCAGGUUCCUGUUCAGGGAUCAAUGUUUCCUCCAAUGGGAGGUGUUCAAGCAACGAAUAUCAAUCCAGCAUCAAACCCUUUCUACAACAUGGCUGCUACCGGGAGUGCUGCAGUGCUGCCUCAGACAGCUCCUGUCAACUACGCCUCUUCUGGCAACCGACUGACCCAACAGAUGGCAGGACUCAACCUCGGCACUCCGAUGGUCCCUCCGAACCCUUAUCAGCCGACCAUCCCUCCUCCCCUCUGGCAGUAACCUCGUCCACUACGACUACGAUGCUCCGAUCUCUCCAGCCCAUAGACGCUGUCAUAUCAGUCUUUACUUUCCAAUCAAUUAAAUAUUGUUUCGAUCAUUCUAUUGAAAUCAGUGUACUCUAUCUGUUUUGGUGCAUAGAUAGUUUCGGUCCCGUGGCGUCAGGCUGUUUAAAUGUUUAAGUCAUUGUAAUCGUAUAAGAUAUAAAAAAAAAUAUUUGUUGUCUUUUAAAAAAAGAUGUAUAUGAGAUGAGUUUAUACAGCGAGUGCAAUACGGUAAUGUUCGAUAUUGUUAUUUAUAAUUUACAGUAGAUAAUUUUUAUUACUGUCAAUUAAGUGAAGCUUAACAUUAAUUGUUGUGUCAAUUAAUGAAUAAAUCAUG